AAAAAAAAUGAUUAUAAAAAAGUAGAAGUCGGCUAUGUUUCAUUUUUUUGCAGCUUUGGAGCCUCCAUUAUCGAAGAGAUAGAGUCUCUCUAGUUUUGCUGUUCUUGUUCAGAUUCUGUGCUCUUUUAAAUCAUUAGAAGAUGAGUUUUAGUGGUCCUUCCAUGAAUGCUGGUGGUAAAACUGCCAGGAGAGCAUUUGAAUUUGGGAGAACUUACGUGGUUAGGCCUAAAGGUAAACACCAAGCUACUGUUGUAUGGCUUCAUGGACUUGGUGAUAACGGUUCCAGCUGGUCCCAAAUUUUGGAGUCUCUUCCUCUUCCAAAUAUUAAAUGGAUAUGCCCAACUUCUCCGACUCAACCUAUAACUGUGUUUGGUGGCUUUCCAUCCACAGCUUGGUUUGAUGUUGGAGACCUAUCAGAGGAUGCUCCUGAUGACUUAGAAGGGAUGGAUGCUGCAGCGGCACAUGUUGCAAAUUUAUUGUCAACAGAACCAGCCGACAUUAAACUGGGUAUUGGAGGCUUCAGUAUGGGUGCAGCAGCCUCCUUAUAUUCUGCUACUUGCUAUGCUUUGGGAAAAUAUGCAAAUGGAAAUCCAUAUCCCUCAAAUUUGACUGCAAUUGUUGGAUUAAGCGGCUGGCUGCCUUGUUCCAAGACCUUAAGUAACAAAAUCGAAGGGGUGGAUGAGGCUGUCAGGCGUGCUGCAUCCCUUCCCAUAUUACUUUGUCAUGGAAAAGGUGAUGAUGUGGUUCCCUUCAAAUUCGGUGAGAAAUCCGCACGUGUUAUGAGCUCAUCGAGAUUCCAGGAUGUGACAUUCAAAGCAUACAGCGGGCUCGGUCACUACACAAUUCCUCAAGAGAUGGAUGAGAUGUGUGCUUGGCUGACUUCGAAAUUGGGGCUCGAAGGAUCCUCAUCGUCAUGAGAGUUGGAGCAAAGUUCAGAAGGGUUGAAGAACCUGGAAAUUAGUGGCAGUUUAAGAAAGAAAAUGGUCGAGGCGAAAGAAUAUCCGUAAUGUUAAACAUGUUAGUAGCAUUUUUUUUCUGUUAGAAACUUAAUAUAAUUGAAAGCUAGCCUGAACUUCAUUUAUAUUGGAUAGUAAAAUUUUGUUACCGUCUGGAAGCUUACUGUCAGAAAUGUAAUGGUUUUACCUGUUUGGGUUA